GGUUGAUAACAUAAGUACAAAACUGCCUAAUCCCCAAAGUUCACUCUCGUUGAUUCCACAACUCACUAACUGAAGAAGAAGAAGAAGAAGAAGAACAAAAAUGGCGUCACUCGCAUCAACUUCAACCUCAACACGUCUUCUCCUUUUCCAUCCAAACCUCAUCCCACUCAAACGCUCAACAACAACUUUUCGUCCCAUCACUAACUCUCACAAAAACAAUAACCUAUCUAUCCACACCGUUACCGUUAACGCCGCACCACAAAAACCCCACUCUCAUCCCUCCGUUUCACCGACCGAAGACACCACCGUCCUUCUAUCCGGUUCUACUCGAACAUUAACCACCUUAUUCGGAAUAACCGCUUUAUUCAUCAAAUCCUUCAUCAAACUCCUUCCACCACCGAACCUAUGUUAUUCAAUUGGAACCUCAUCUUCAUCCUUAUUCUUCGCUUAUUUCUUGAGGAAGAAUACACAAAGUUCAUUGAACACGCCCUUGACGGUUGUAGCGGCGGGAUUGAAGAAAUGGUUGGAUAUUUACAGUGGUGUGUUGUUGGUUAGGGUUUUGUUGAGUUGGUUCCCUAAUAUUCCGUGGGAAAGACAACCUUUAUCUGCAAUUAGAGAUCUUUGUGAUCCUUAUCUUAGUUUGUUUAGGAAUGUUAUUCCUCCGGUUUUUGAUACUCUUGAUAUUAGUCCUCUUCUUGCUUUUGCUGUUUUGGGUACUCUUGCUAGUAUCCUCACAGUUCCUGCUUAGAAUCACAUACACACUCCAAGGUUUGGGCUACUGAAAAAUGUUUCCAUGACGGAUAAAGCAUCAUCUUCCAACAUUUUGGCAGAAUUUAGAGAAGCAGGUUCUUCAGAAGCAUAGGUUAAAGUCUGGUUUCUGUAUACAGUGUACUUUUCAGAUUGGUAUAUUUUGGUAGUUUAUGUAUGUUGUUAUUAUUAAGAAAGCGAUUGGUUUAUUUAUUUCUGAAUAAUAUGUUGUGUUGUUGGGAUGGAUAGCUUAGUUGUACCUUUAUUGAAAUUUAUUCAAUAUGAACUCUGUGCAGAGUUUACAAGCUAGUAGUCUCGCUAUUGCGUAAAUAUAAAACACAUGUUCGAUAUUGGUUAUGAA